UUCUGUGCGUGUGACCUUAAAAUACAGUAGCUCUUCUCGGAGACACGUAAUUGGUCCUAUUUAACGGUAGAGGAUCUUGUGGCUCAGAAAAGGGGCAGUAAGCAGAGGAACUCAACACCUGUUGAUGCCUCCUGUCCGCUGGGUGCUAUAUACACAUCAUUUCAGAAUACUCUGCAAGAGUAAAACAGAUUCUGGAACCGGAUUUCUAGGCUUGAAUCCUAUUCCCACCACAUGGUCUGGGAAACUAAAGUUCGGGAAGGCAGAGCGACUUGCCUCUAGGUCGCAGGACUAGAAGAUGGAGGGACAGGAGUUCGAGCUAGUUAGUCUGCAGAACCAAGCCGCUGCCAUGGCCCAGACUCUGCAGAUGGAGAUCCCAAACUUCGGCAACAGCAUCCUUGAGUGCCUCAAUGAGCAACGGCUGCAAGGCCUAUACUGUGAUGUCUCAGUGGUGGUCAAGGGCCAUGCCUUCAAGGCCCAUCGGGCUGUGCUGGCUGCCAGCAGCUCCUACUUCCGAGACCUGUUCAACAGCAGCCGGAGCGCAGUGGUAGAGCUGCCAGCAGCUGUGCAGCCCCAGUCCUUCCAGCAGAUCCUCACAUUCUGCUACACGGGGCGGCUGAGCAUGAACAUGGGUGACCAGUUCCUGCUCAUCUACACAGCUGGCUUCCUGCAGAUCCAGGAAAUCAUGGAGAAGGGCACUGAGUUCUUCCUCAAGGUGAGCUCCCCGAGCUGUGACUCCCAGGGCCUGCAUGCCGAAGAGGCCCCGUCGUCAGAGCCGCAGAGCCCCGUGGCGCAGACGUCGGGCUGGCCGGUCUGCAGCACGCCGCUGCCCCUGGUGUCGCGGGUCAAGACAGAGCAGCAGGAGUUGGACUCUGUACAGUGCACACCUGUGGCCAAGAGGCUGUGGGAUGGCAGCCAGAAGGAGGCUGGAGGCGGCAGCGGGGGCAAUGGCAGCCGCAAGAUGGCCAAGUUCUCCACGCCAGACCUGACCACCAACCGGACGCCCCAGCCGGCUCCGGGGGUUGCAGCCACGGUGGCAGCGGGGGGCGUGAUGAGUGGGCCUAGCAUGUCGGAGCGGACCAGCCCAGGCACCUCAAGCGCCUACACCAGUGACAGCCCCGGCUCCUACCACAACGAGGAGGAUGAGGAGGAAGACGCAGGCGAGGAGGGCACAGACGAGCAGUACCGGCAGAUCUGCAACAUGUACACCAUGUACAGCAUGAUGAACGUUGGCCAGACAGCUGAGAAGGUGGAGGCCCUCCCCGAGCAGGUGGCCCCCGAGUCCCGCAGCCGCAUCCGGGUGCGACAAGACCUGGCAUCUCUCCCUGCUGAGCUCAUCAACCAGAUUGGCAACCGCUGCCACCCCAAGCUCUACGAUGAGGGGGAUCCCUCAGAGAAGCUGGAGCUGGUGACAGGUACCAACGUGUACAUCACGAGGGCGCAGCUUAUGAACUGCCACGUCAGUGCGGGCACACGGCACAAGGUCCUGCUGCGGCGGCUCCUGGCCUCCUUCUUUGACCGGAACACGCUGGCCAACAGCUGUGGCACUGGCAUCCGGUCCUCCACCAAUGACCCCCGACGCAAACCACUGGACAGCCGCGUCCUCCACGCCGUCAAGUACUACUGCCAGAACUUUGCCCCCAACUUCAAGGAGAGCGAGAUGAACGCCAUCGCGGCUGACAUGUGCACCAAUGCCCGCCGUGUGGUGCGCAAGAGCUGGAUGCCCAAGGCCAAGCCACCCCUGGCGGAGGGCGAUUCCUACACCUCUUUCAUCAGCGACACUGGCAAGAUGGAGCCAGACAUGAUGGGCAUGGAGCACAGCUUCGAGACGGCCAGCCAUGACGGCGAGGCCGGCCCCUCGGCAGAGGUCCUCCAGUAACGCACGGGGCCCUCCCCGCGGGCUGUCACACUCCCCUCCCGUCACACACACCCACCACCAUCUUGGUCACGAGCUACUGUCUACCCCUCCCUUUGACCCGCGGGGGGCGCUGCAUGCUCCCAGCCCCUCUGCCUCACUGUCCCCCACUUCCCCACUGGAGCCAGGUGGAGAGGGCGGGCCGCCUGGGACACACUUGUGCAGUCGGGAGCCCUGUCCCCCUCCUAGCUCUCUGGUCAUUCCAGCUCCCAGGCCUGGCUUGGGGAGGGGCCGGCCUGGGGGGCCCUGGGGACUCGGGGUGCCCGGGUGCUCUCAGGACCCCUCCACCAUCUCCCAGUGCUUCCACGUCUCCAAAGCGCCUUCCUGUCUGUGUCCCUCGUCUGUCCCUGUGCCUGGGGGCUGGGUAGGCGAGGCCGUGGGACUCCACUGCACAACUAGGGAACAGGCUUAGACGAGGCCCAGAGCAGCCCCACACCCAGUGGAUGGAAGGUGGCCAGGGUGGCCCACACCCCUCUCCUGGCCCUUCACUCUCGGUUUCUGUCACCCUGUGGGACCCCUGGGGCCCGAGUGAGGCUGGUCCGUGAGGGGGGCUCUUGGGGAUCAGCGGGGGUCUCGGAGGCCAGGAGGUGGGAUCUUGGGCUCACAGCGUGUGGGUGUUCGCGUGUGCAUGUGUAGGUUUGCUUUCAGAGCAGAUGGAGGUAGAAGAGGUGGAAAGACCAGGGUUGGAAUUGGGGGAGCAGGCUGAGGGUGUCGCCCUUUCCCAUCAGCACCCUGCCCCCUAGCAGGGCUCCCAGCCCCUCACCCCUGUACAUACUUUUUAAGAAUUUUUUUAGUGAAUGAAAUACUAAAGCAUAAGAUUUCCUUUUAUUUUUCAAAUCAAUGGGACUGUGUCUGAGGUCCCCCUGGGCCCCAGGGGGCCACAGAAGGCAGGAUAGGUGGGCAGGCUGAGUGCGUGCAUGGGUGGAAUGUGGGUGCCUGGGCUCCAGUGGCUCCACCUAGCCCCUCCCUCUCCCUACCCCAGGGCUGCAGUGUUUUGGGGUGUCCCAGGGCUUGGCUGAUGGCUGAGCUUCAGUCCGUGGGGCCAGGGGAGAGGGUCUGCGUCCAUUGUUAGCAGUUGUUUAUGGCUUUUUUUUUUUCCCGCCAUUCCUUUUCUUGCCCAGAGUGAGUGAUUUGGGUUUGAGUUGAAGAUGUGAACACGGAGGGUGCCCCCCCCAGUCAUUUCUCCACCGCACACGUGCUCUGCCCCGCGCUCCCUGCCGUCUCCCCUCCCCAAGCUGCUCCUGCUCCUGCCUCCCAGCUUCCUCUUCCCAGGCAGGGGUAAGGUGGGGGUAGGGGGGCCGGGGGUGGAGUAGGGCUGCUGGACUGGGCCCUGGGAAUCAUGGUUGGAGACCCGUCCCCAGCCCAGCCUGCUGGGCUCCCUCCUGACAUCUGCUUGUUGCGGGUUGGGGGUGUCGGGCCUGCUCCCUGGGCCCACCCCAGCACCUCAGCCCUGGUGUCCAGUGCGGGAGAGGGAGUCGACACCCCCAGCUAAAGCACAAGCACCUUAGUCGCACUCCCCUUCCCUCCCACGCCCACCUCAGCGCUGAUCCCAAAGCACAAUGUCCUGGUCACUUGGCGAGCAGCUGGCCUGAGGGGCCCUAGCCAGACCCCAGGGGAAGUGGUAGUCCCAGGAGCCCCUCCCCCAUCCACUCCCCACCCUUCCUCUAGCAGGAUGCCCUGCAGAGCCUGGUGGGGCAGAGCCCCUGGGUUUCAGUGACCCCCCCAGGAGGUGCUCCUGGCUCUCUGGGGGAGGUGGGGCAGGGCAAGGGGUGCAGGGGAGGAGACUCCUCACUAGGAGAGCCAAAGACAGGGUUGUGCCUUACCCAGGAGCCACCCCUGCGCCCACCGCCUGCCAAGCGGCCAGCUGCCUCUGUCCCAUCCCCUGCCCACCCUCCCAGUCCUGCUCUGAGCUGCAUGGUCCCCCGCCCUGGGCAGUCCAGAGAAACAGGAACAGAAAACUGUCCAUCUCCUAGAAAAGCAAAGGACUCUAGGGCCCUCUCCCCAACUCCACUGGCCGCCCACACCCUUCUCAGGGGACAGGUCACCCCCAUCCACGUGAAGUGCCAACGCCCUCCCCGCCCCGGGCCACACCCCACCCCUCCCUGGCCCGAAGUGAGAUUGCACAUUAACUACUGUACGGAGCGGAGCGGGCGUUAGGAAAUGUGAACCUGACGAGAAUAAACAGACGCCUUUGUAACAGC